CUCCAUCUGUAACCGUGACGUCAUCGUUCUCCCGCUGCGCUGCCUGCUCGGGCUCAGGGAUUGGUGCUCCCGCCGCUUAGCAACGGUUGCUAACAACAACAACUGCUGUGCUGCGUGUCUCAGAGGAGUCGCAAACUCGCUAUUGCAAAAGCCGGUGUAAACAUGCGUCGAGGAAGAUCAGCUGCGAGCGCCCGCUCAGAGGGCAGUGACAUAGAUAUUGAUGGAACAGAAUCCGAGAUAGCCAAACUGCAGAGACAGUUCAGGAUCAUGGAGGGGGAUCGGCAGGCCUACAACAUCAGUGCUCGGGAGCAGAUCCGCAAACAACAGCAGGAAAUCGACAAGCUGCUGAAGGAGCAGGAGGACUUGCAUCAAAAUCUUGGUGUAUGUAAGAGCUCAUCUCGCCAACAGAAGGACAGCGGGGACACCCAGAGUCUUCGCACUUUGCUGGAGCAGAAGGACAUGGUAGAAGAAGAGCAGAAAAAAGAGAUUCAGUAUCACAGAAAAUUAGAAGAAGAGAUCUCAAACAUGGAGUCGAAGCUGGCAGAGCUGAGAAAAGGGAACGUCAGUACAAGUGAUUCUCAAAGGUCGGCGGUCAAGCGGACUCAGAAAGCCAUACGCACUUUGGAAUACAAACUUGACAGAGCCCUGACUCGCUUCAAUGAACAGCUGACCAACAAUGGGCGCCUGAGAGAGGAGUUGCAGACUCUACAUCUUGAGCGUGUCCAUUUCCAACAGCUUCGCAACAAGCUAGAAAAGGAACUGCAGGGGAUCCGAAAAAAGAUCGGGGAAAUUAUCAGCCUGUCAACUGCAGCUUAUGAUGCAAGGGUGGAAGCUCAGUCAAAGAUGACUAUGGUGAGGGAGAAAGCAAUCAAGGACCUUGCCCAGUACAACGCUGAGAUGAAGGAACUGGAAAGGGUUAUAGAACAUGAGUGUAACCUUAAAGAUUUCAUGACCAUCAAGUGCAGCGAGAAGAGCGGGCAGGAUGACAGUCAUGAGGCGGGACACAGGCGAUUGUCUUUGGUGAAUGAGCAAAAGAGGAUGGACUCAAGACAGGAGUCGUUAGAUGCUCUAGAGGAGGUGUUUGAGAGGAUUCAGACUGUGACAGGAGAGGACAACCUGGACAUGCUGGUCACUCGAUUCAUCCAAGCUGAAGACCGGAACUUUGCUCUGUUCAAUUUUGUCAACGAGCAAAACAAUAAGGCAGAAGCACUGAAAGAUCAAAUCAGCCAGAUCCAAGCAGAGAUGGAGCAGUUUCGAGCAGAUCUCUCGCAACAGGAACAAGCUCACGCCUCGAUGCUGGGAGAACUGGAUGACCAACAAAAGGAAACUGAAUUGCAAGCUGAAGAUUACGAAAACCAAGCCAACAUCAUUAGCAAUAUUCUGGAUGAGAUUAAGACAGGUGUGAACAGCAUCUUCUCUAAAAUGGAGUGUGAUCGCUCAGUAAUAGAAAACAUGCUGGGCUCCUCUACCGGGAUCAGUGAAAACAACAUCAUGUCCUACCUGGGUCUAGUGGAACAGAAGACCAACGAGCUGCUCACCAUUCAGGCUUUCCUCAGUUCUAAAGAUCUGGAAAAGGACUACAAUCCCAAAGAUUUGGCUAAAUUCCUUUUGGGUCAAAAUCCAGAACUGCUUAAGGAGAGCAUUGCCAUCCAACCUGCAGUAAACAGUGUGGAUUAUGACGCAGAAGAGUCUCUUCUCACUGAUGAAGAGGAACGUCCACUUUCACAGGGGGAACUUCGCACAAGAAUAGUCAAAAGGGUUCUGCAGAAGUCAGGCAACAAACAAAGCCUCAAAGACGAGUCAACAAUCUGACUUCCUUCACUCCCUGGAAGAGCCGUUAAUCUGAUCCAGAGCCUGUUUUCAUUGUUUACCAUAAUAAAGAUAAAUGCAGAGCACUGAUGGAAGCAGCCUGUAGUGGUGCAGCUUGUGCACGUAAUCAUUAAAAGCUUGAUUAUGUUA